GCACCAGUUGGUCGUGGCGACUUUUUCUCCCUGCAGGCUGCUGGCUCUUUCUCUGCGCUGCACUUUCUGUAAUGGUGAUUCGUCGUGAAAUGUAGAAUCGAAAAGGAUGACAAUGGUUUAUAGGUGGAAGAGUGUUUCGAAUUGCAGUUCUGUUUCGAGUCGGCUGAAAUACAUUCUGAACAGAACUUUUUGUUCAUCAAACACUAACAGCAGUAAGAAGCCUUCCGUCGUUAACAGUGGCAGCAGCAGCAGCAGCAACGCCCCUUCGCCAGCACCUUCGUUGAGCAAUUAUGGAGAGCAGUAUAAAGCCCUUGAGAAGCUUGAUUUCACGACGGCCGCAAAGAUUCUCUUUUCCGAUCCUCCUAAGAAGAAGAAAUUUGGGCUGGAUUUCCACCUGGUGCAGCUCUUCUUUGUGUGUUUGCCAUCAUUGGCCGUGUAUCUUGUUGCUCAGUAUGCUCGCAGUGAAAUGAGAAGAAUGGAUGCGGAAUUGGAGAAAAAGAAACAAGCCGAAUUUGAGGCACAAGCAAAGGAAAUGGAGCUCAAGGCUGCAAAAGAAAAAGAAAAAAUGGAGUCAAAUCCCCAGCUUUUGGAGGUGAAAGAAAGACUAAAUAAACUGGAAGAAAGAGUUAAGGAAAUUGUUGAGGUAGCUAAGAAGCAACCAAGUAAAUCCGUAACAGAUGGACAAGAAGUUGGUGAGAAUAGAAGUGCUACUCAGGUGGAACCAGAUAAUAGUCAAAAUGAAUCAUCAAUGAAGACUACAAAAGAAAGAGGAGCAGAACCAGCUACUCAUCCCUCACAAACUAAUCAAAAGGACAACAAUAUAUGAGUGACCUUCCCGGAUGCACAGAAUAGCGAUUGGCCUAGCUUUACUUCUCAAAAAUUUAUUGACUGUAGCAUGGAAGCAUUUUGCAGAAAAGCAUUACAAGAUUCUAACUAGCCAAUUGAAGGCCGUAUCGGGUGAUGUUGAACAACAUGUCUUGAACAGAUUCUUUUUGUAAAUUAUAAUUAAAGUGACUUGAAGAUUUUGCGGAAAUACUUGUUUCUAGUUGUAAUUUUCAAGAUGUAGGCUUGAGGUCCUGUAUUCCAGGUGAGAUUCUUCUCAAAUACUUAAAUGUCUUGUUUUUGAGGUUGCCCAAGGCAUUAUUCUGUCUUGUUACCAUAUGAAAUUUCAUUCUUCUUGACAAGGUUUUUUUGAAGGUUGUUGAAGCUUCUUCCCCCUGUGUCUCUUAAAGGGCAAAUAUAACCAUGUUUUGAAGUCUUCUAGAUAAUCAUGGGCAGUUGGCAAUGCGAUUCACAAUUUUUUACAUAUGUCUUUAAUUUGCCAAUCUUAUUUACAUAGUAAUUUCUGCAGUGAAACCUUUACUAUUACUCUAGUUGUAGCAUUCUGUUCGGACCAUUAUAAGUAUGAAGGAUGUGCUUUUGGACGAUGAUUCUGUGUUCCAGACAACUUCAUUGCAUAAUAGAUGUUGGGUAUUUUAUAAUUACACACGAACCCUUAAAUUAAUCCUUCUUAUGCUUAGCAUGAUCGUAGUGAUAAUUUGUUUCUUAUAGGUUUCUCUCAUUACUUUCAGAUUAUGGUAGACGUGGACAAUUAGUUACCACAUCGAUCCAAUGUACACACAGAU